AGAAAUUUUUAAAAAAAUUGGACCCAAUUCCCCGAGUCCCCAACGCACUUGCCUCUAUUCGGCGGAAAGGGUGGGCGAGGGGUAGCUCGCCCGAUCUAGAUCUCCGCUGCCUCUUCGAUCAGAGCUCGCGAUCGACCGUCGUCGCGGCGGCGGCGAAUCCGGCGAUGGCGUCGCAGGUGUACCUCGACAAGAUGCAGCUCCGGCAGAGCUACCGGAAUUUCUGGCACGUCGAUCUCAUGAGCACCAUGAAGGCCGACUUUCCCUUUUGUUGCCUGGCGCUGGGGUGUGGGCCAUGUGUUUCUUACAUGCUCCGCAAACGAGCUCUUUAUAAUGACAUGACAAGGUAUGUCUGCUGUGCUGGCUAUCUCCCAUGUAGUGGCAGAUGUGGAGAGAGUCGAUGCCCGGAGUUUUGCCUUUGCGCUGAGGUUUUCCUAUGCUUUGGUAACUCAGUUGCCUCAACCCGCUUCUUGCUGCAAGAUGAGUUCAACAUACAAACGACUCAGUGCGAUAACUGCAUUAUUGGAUUUAUGUUCUGCCUCCAACAAAUUGCGUGCAUUUUCUCAAUUGUUGCGAUGAUUGUUGGAAGUGAUGAAAUCCAGGAAGCUUCCCAGAUAUUGUCCUGUCUGUCUGACUUUGUAUACUGCACGGUCUGUGCAUGCAUGCAGACACAACAUAAGAUCGAACUGGAUAAGAGAGAUGGCAAGUUUGGGCCAUCACCAAUGAUGGCAGUGCCUCCAGUCCAGCAGAUGUCACGCAUCGAUCAGCCUAUUCCACCUCCUGUUGGAUAUACACCCCAGCCGGCAUAUGGGCAACCUUACGGGUAUCCACCACCUCCUCAGGGUGGAUAUCCACCUGCUUAUCCCCAAGCUGGUUCUUACCCGCCACCUGGUUAUCCUGCUGGUUACAAGUAGAGAAUAUUUGCAUCAAUUGGAAACUGAGAUUCAGGUUGAGCUUUCAAAGGCGUGUGAGCAUAUACAGUGUAGAGAUUUCUAGUCAUUUUCUUGAUCUCCAGAUACUCUUAUGAGCUGGUUUACUGUGUUUUCUGAGAGUGGUAAAUUGUUAUAAGUUGGUACGUUGAAUAUGCAUAGAAACAAUAGUCUGAUGACUUUUCUGCAGCUCCUUCUCUGUUGCGUAUACUAGCAGAAUUUUCAUUAU